AUGAUAAUUUCUCAGAGCUUUUCAAAAGAAUACACUAUCAGCAAAAAGCCAGUUCCAGAGCCUCUUUCAAUCACAAACAAAACCUAUACAAAUGAACCAAAAAUCCAUCAUUUGCCGACAUUCAUUUCAAAUAUCUCAUCCAUCAUUGUUCCUUAUGAGAAAUUGCGAGUCCCUCCAUUAGAAUUCCAAAGCAAUAAAGCAGAUGAGCUCAUCCCUAUCACACAUCCGUUACCCUUAUUAAUUUCAAUGUCCACCUCAACUGUCAGUCUAUGUGAAAAAAUUUCUGUUCUUCCUUUGCUAUUUAGAUAAACAUUAAAAUGGCGAUAAGUCUCAGCCUGCUCUCUCAAGACCGUAAACUAAGGUGAAAUGGAAUGGAUUCCAAACCGAGAAGUAAGUGUAGCCUUAGUAACCGUGUAUCCGGUAGGCUUUGGCUGUUCUCCUGAGGUUGGAAAUGGAGAUGCUCACCAAUUUCCUUCGACCCUUAAGCAUCCUCUACCAAUAAGUUGGAUCUCAGCCCGGCCUUAGAGGAAUAUAGUAAUUGCCUGAGGAUGGCGCAAGAUAACGCCAUCCUCGGGCAAUUACAAUAGGCUUUUCCAGUAGCUACCAAAAAAGGCACUCUAUUAUCCAAUAGACUCCAAUGAGAAUAAAGCUACUCUCAGUUGUCCUCGCUGGGCCGCAGAAAUCCAUCGGCCGCCUACUCAAGACUGAAACCUCAAGGCAAGGAGGAGAAAGCUGCACCGGCUACAACUAGAUCUGCUGUAUCAGUCGCAAAGCAAAUGAACUUACCGUAUGCGAGAUCUUUGGUAACUGCGCGACCAAUAUAGCUAGCACCCAUCUUUAAUAAUUCUAAUCCUUUGCAAUUUGAAUUCUCUCUAAAAAUAAGCACAAACUUAGAAGAAAGCAAAGACUUUUUGAGACAUCGUGACUGCGAUGCACGUUCUUCUUAUUCAUUUGUCUCAGGAAUGGAAACACCGCUGACCACCACAACAAUGCAAAGUUUUGAAGAUGGAUUUGAGCUCGAACCGUCAAUAGGGUAUAUGUGCGACAGAUUUCUUGGAGAAGUUGAUGACUUUUUCAAGUGCCCAGUGUGCAAGCAAGUCGUGAAAAAGCCAAAAGAAUGUUCUACUUGUCAAAAUUUGAUCUGUAAGUAUUGCUCAUAUUCGCAGGUUAAAUGCCCUUAUGGCUGUGAGGAUUUUAUUUUGCAUCGCCCUUCUAAGUUUGCCUUGCUAGUUUAUCAUAGACUUAAACUUAGAUGUGCAUACUAUGAAAGCGGCUGCGAUUUUGUGGGAAGAAUAAAAGACAUGAGAGAUCACGAGCUGAUAUGCUUAUAUGAAGUUAUUAAAUGCCAAAGUCCUAUCUGCAGUGCCACGUUCAUUAAAAAGGAAAAGCACCAAGGCGAUGGAGUCCCUUUAGUUUGCAGUGAUAUGUGUAGGGCCAUUGUAGAUUUUAAAGAAACAUUAGACCAUUCAUCGAGAGAAGUGAUUUUGACUGAUUUCUCACAUUAUUUAGUCAAAAUGGCUGAUAUUCCUGAAGAAGAAAUUAAUAAAGAGCUUGUUGAUGUUUUGGCAGAAAAAGAAAGAAAGCAAGAAGAGGCACAGCUCUUUUUGACGAGAAAGAAUAAUUUGCUUUCAGAGCUUGAAAGUAGGAGGACGAAAAAUCAUCCUGGAAAGUGGAAUAUACCUGCCAAAAAGUGGACUUGCUGUGAUAACUCUGAUAAAUAUUCAAUCGGGUGUAGAGAGUAG